AUGUCUGUGUCACCGUCCGAAGACCAACUUCUUCGCACCACCGGGCAUCUAAUGCCGGUGGAGGCCAUGGAGCUAGCCGCAGCCUGUGUCGCCCAACUACGGCUGCAUUAUGUGUACAUGCUCGAGGAUGUCUCCAACCGCGCGAUCCCUAUGCCGUCGACCUUCCCCGAGGACGUGCCCAAAGCUCUCCACGGCAUUUUCAUUCAAGGAAUUCUCAGCAUCACGGGAGUCCACGCCGUUAAGCUGAGCUUCCUCCUCUUCUUUCACCGCCUCGGCCGCCAAAUACCCAAGUACAUCAUGUUUUGGUGGUUCGUGGCGUUUGUAACCCUAGCAUCCUAUGCCAUCAGCAUUGCUCUCAUUGAGUACAAGUGCAUGUUGAGCUCCCUCGACGUUAUCUUUUUCCAAUGCACCGCAAACGGGGAGACCGCGCGGCAAUGGGCCUACAUGGUUGCCUACUGCACCAUUGACGCGGCGUCGGACCUACUCAUCCUCUGCCUUCCGAUUGUCAUUCUCUGGAAAGUCCGCCUCACAAUGCGGAAGAAGCUGAUUCUCGGCGCCAUCUUCUCCCUGACAUUAAUCACCGUCGCUGUGACCAUCAUCCGCGGGACCAUCCACACGGGCAAAGUCGCCACCGACGGUUCCCAAACCCAAAACAUUGCCUGGGCAUGGUUCUGGCUUUCGAUCGAGUUCAUCAUGGGUAAGACCUCCCCAGACCCCUGA